AUGUUCACUCUCUUGAGUCUCUGCAUCCUCGCGGCUGCCACCGCCCGAGCCGGCGACAGCGAUCACGAAAUGCAGACCCGCCCAAAGAUCAACCCCUAUCCCCCUGGGUCACUGAACUCUCGUCUACUCGCGGGCACGCCAGAGCACGACUCAUCGGUGAAAAACUGGACCGAAAGCGCGACUCUCCAGGACGCAAUCCCCUGGGCCUGCUACGACGCUGUCAAGCGCGAGGGCCUGAGCCCGGCCGACGUCGAGGUCUUCACGGUGACAUACGACGACUGCAGCACUCCUUGGGAGCUCUGUCGUCACAAGAACGCCGAGCGGAAUCUCCCAACGGUGACCAGCCUGCACAGCAAGAUCCCUGUCAGAGCGCGCGACCUCCUCCCGUACGCACUACACCUGCCCGGACCCGAGCGUGCGUACCGCACGUCAGAAAUCCUCGUUCUCGGCGGCAAGCCCGACUUCUCUGCCAUCAUGCACCAGGUCGGCCACGCCAUUGAUGACAACUGCGCGUUCCCUGGCAAGGACCGCCGCUGUUCGGAUACCGAGACGUGGCGGAACGCAUUCGACCGCGAUACCUACGUGGUGGACGACAUCGCUCGCACAAGCCAGGCAGAGAACUUUGCUCAGAUCGUCAUCCACACCGUCGUGAACCUCAACUUCCCCGGAGGGCUCGCCUCAAUGGGCGCCACUACAGAUGGACAGUUCAGCCAGAACCUGUACGACGAUGAGGUCAAGGUCCAGACGCAGUACUGCGGGCCGUACCUCGUCGCCAACCCUGACGACAAAUGCGAUAACUUCCGCCCGAAGCGUGAAUAUGUCUCCAAAAGUACUGGUGAAAAGAUCGAAGACCCCUUCAAGGCCACCUAA